AUGGUCAAUAGACCGCUUGACCCUUGCGCAGAGAAUACAUCUGGUAUCCACCUCGGAAGAAGACUUGAAAAGUGGGAGAGCCAUCCAUCAGCACCUGGUCCAGACAAACUGACAAAGAUUUCACAUGACCCCCUCUUGAGAGGUGUGGAUGCAGAUUUGGCCAUCAAGUACCUCGCAAGUAGGAAAACUGCCAUAUCAGGAGUCGAGAAGGCGAGAG